UUCCGAGCGACCCUCUCGAGGACGCGCGGAGGAGGUGGCGAUGGCGGCGCUCGGCGGGCUCUCCCGGCGAAUGGGGGCCGGCGCGGCCCGGGCGGGCUGGAAGCGGGCCCUGUCGGCGGCUGCGGAGUCGGAGAAGCCCCACGGGGCCGAUCGUACAUGGAAAAUCUUGUCUUUUGUGAUCGCUCUUCCUGGAGUUGCUAUCUGCCAGCUAAACUGCUACCUGAAGAAAGACGAGCAUCAUGAAAGGCCACCAUUUAUUCCUUACAAGCAUCUUUACAUCCGGACCAAGCCAUUCCCUUGGGGUGACGGAAACCAUACUCUUUUCCAUAACCCACAUGUCAAUGCCCUCCCAACGGGCUAUGAAGAUGACCAUUAAGCAAGUGGAUCACAGCCACAGUACGGACCAGUAAAGGUAGCAGGACCAGAAUUAAAGCUGGGACCCAUAAUGUACAUGUUCUGUGUUGUUUAUUCUGACUUCUUGAAGUUCUUCCUCUAGGAGUCACCUGAAAUAAAUAAAAGUAUUCUAUCCAAACUUUU